AUGUCACCUUCUGAUUCGAGCAAAAGCAUCGCCAGCAUGUUCAAGAGCUUUUUGACGAAUCUUCCAUCUCAUGGCACGACUCUGGAAGAGCCUCACUUCGACUCUCGCUUCGAUCAGACGCAAAGUCGACUGCUCCAGCUCCCCACUGAAUUGUUGGCGCAGAUAUUCGAGUUCGAUACAUUCCCCAUGUUCCGAACUGGCUUGGACGCAGACUUGCGGGACUAUGCGCUCAGACGGCGGAUGAGGGAUUAUCCUGACAAGUAUCCGUCCGAAGAGACUGUUCCCAGACAGUCUGCCAUGUUGACUUAUGCCAAAUUGUGCAGGAGAACAUGGGGGGACAUCUCCAGUAUGUGUGAGGAAAAGGGCGGGACUCUUGUGAUACACAAUCCAGGCGCCUACUUUCCGACGCGCAAGAAGGCCACGCUUGCUCGCGCAGGGGCCUCUUUGAAGGAUACCUUCACAGACCUGGCAAGGCACAGCAGGACCAGUUCAGAGCCAAAGUCUGAUGAUCUGCCGAGACUGCGUCCGACAUGCCUGGUGAUCACUUCUUCCGAAUGUUUCCGAGAAUCGUACGACGAGAACAACAACGAAAUUGAGGGUGCCUGGCUCCCUGAGUUCUGGACGCAAGCGGCGGACGGCAUGGAGGAAUAUCAACGCGCACACCGCCAGCACAAGCGCCAUAGAUCUCACGGCAGUCAUGUCUUGCCGCCCGUUCCGAGCUUGGAACGCACCAAAAAGAUCGUCUUCAAUGCGGCAGAUCUCCUUGUCAAUCCCAUGACCCUUGAGCGAACCAGAAAACAGUACCCGAGGCCAAAAGACUGGAGUAUCGGUGUACAGGAUCUGCAACGUGCCGGUUCGACAAUUGCAAGUACUGCGUGUACGAUCGGCGCCGACAUAUGCUUUCUCGAUCCCGAGUGCCGAUUCUACGAGCCCUUAUCGUGUCCGGGUCUAAAUUCGACCUGGCAUAUGACCGGCAUCUGUUUGGAGCGUCACUGCAAAGCACUGGAUCUCCACACAGGACCUCAAGUGUGGCGCAUCGAACAUGUGCAGGUUCCGGGUAAGGCGACUGCGUCGGUUUUCAUCGAAACGCAGCUCGUGGACGAAGCAGCAAGUCAUUUCGAGAAAGAUGUCAAGGGGCCAGAAUCCCUCGACAUUCAGAUCAUGCAUCUGCCGGAGCUGACAGAUCCGACAGAACGCGCAGAAUACUUGCUCAGGAUCAAGAAUGGUAUGGAAGCUAGGAUGCUCUCGAAUGGGGUGAGCAUCAAGACUGCGGAUGGAAAGGAUCGGAUCAGGCCCAGCUGGCUACAAGUCCCCCGAAUUGUGGACGGAAUCGAGACAGAUGUCCUGACGGAUAUGAUCCCUUGCGGGGUGUGUUCUGAUCGUGCCCGCCGGGGACUUGACCCAUUCCCUUCGGCGCCGGCAGAGGCGUAG